AUGAUUAGUAUCUUUUUAAACGUCAAAUUAAUCAAACAAAUCAUAAACCAAUUUUUUUUCUUGAUUUGAUUUGAUUUCAUUUUUUGAUUUGAUUUGACCUGAGGAUUUGAUCUGAAUUCAAAUUAGAGAGCGAGUGAGAAAGAAGAAAGUGCAAUUGAAAAGUGUAGACGGUGAUGAGCAUGAAGAAGCACCUGCAACUUCUCCCUUAUCUCUUCAUCUUCAGCUUUGUUUUCUCCACCGCACUGGUGAAUGAAGUUGGGGGUUCUUUACAAUAUCCUGUAGUUGUAAGCACCUGGCCUUUUUUGGAAGCUGUUAGAGCUGCGUGGAAUGCUGUUGAAAGUGGUUUAUCUGCAGUAGAUGCAGUUGUGGAAGGUUGUUCUGCUUGUGAGAAACUAAGAUGUGAUGGUACAGUCGGGCCUGGCGGAAGUCCGGAUGAGAAUGGAGAAACUACAAUUGAUGCCAUGGUCAUGGAUGGGGUAACAAUGGAGGUCGGUGCUGUUGCUGCUAUGAGGCAUGUGCCAGAGGGCAUUAAAGCUGCAAAGUUAGUGCUGGAGUAUACUAAACAUACUAUGCUUGUGGGCGAUCAAGCCUCAGCUUUUGCCAUUUCAAUGGGCCUUCCAGGGCCUACAAACCUAAGCUCAGUUGAGUCAAUAGAGAAGUGGACAAAAUGGAAAGAGAAUUAUUGCCAACCUAAUUUUCGGAAAAGCGUUAUCCCCAGGGAUAAUUGUGGUCCAUACCAUCCAAAUGAUCCUUCAAUAAGAAGAUGCCUGAUGUCUAAUGAGCUCAGUCCUAAUGAAUUUGGAUCAGCUAAUGUAGAUUUGCACAGCCAUGAUACGAUAUCCAUGGCUGUCAUUGACCAAGUUGGACGGAUUGCCAUUGGCACAUCAACUAAUGGAGCCACGUUCAAGAUUCCCGGAAGGGUAGGUGAUGGACCAAUAGCAGGGUCUUCAGCUUAUGCAGAUGCUGAAGUUGGUGCUUGUGGAGCUACUGGGGAUGGUGAUAUUAUGAUGCGCUUCCUUCCGUGUUAUCAGGCUGUGGAGAAUAUGAGACUAGGAAUGGAACCCGAAGUUGCUGCAAAAGAUGCUAUAUCGCGAAUUGUAAGGAAAUAUCCAGGCUUCAUUGGGGCUCUAUUUGCAGUCAACAGAAGUGGAAUUCAUGCAGGUGCAUGCCAUGGUUGGACUUUUCAGUACUCCGUCAGAAAUCCCGCAAUGAAUGAUGUCGAGGUCUUUACUGUUCAUCCCCAAUGAUCCAUUUAGCAUACGCCACUUUUUUUGAAGUUAUUUCUCUUCCAUAAAGCCACACUCAUAAUCUCUUUUGCAUAUUGGACUUAUUAUCAAACCAUAAAAUGUCUACAUUGGUAUGAUAACUUUAAAUUUGAGUGUGUAAUGACAACCCAAUUAGGCUUCUAUUACUUGGCUGAGAACCUGAGAUAUCUACAGAUCAAUAUUAUACUUGGUGAUUUCACCCAGCUACUUGAAAUGGGCCAUAAGAUCGAUCGGUUGGAAAGGA